UCCUGGCUGUGUUUAAUUGCCGAGUGGCAGCCAGGCUCAAGAUCUGAAGAAAAGAUUGGGAAUUACUCGGAGCCUUCGCGUCUGUCAACGCUUUACGAGCCCCAGUCCCGAGAAAAGAGAGAGAGGAGGUGAAGAGAGGAAGUGUUUGGGAAAGGGUGAGCGAGUCAUUUUUACGCAGUGGGAACAAGCAGAGCUGGGAAGAAGCGAGAGAGGUACAGAGAGGCUUUGAGAGAGGUAGAGCAGGAAAGGGGAGGAGGAACGGUAAAGUAAGACCACAAGUGAGUGAAAGACUUAGAAGGAGGGAAAAAAAGUGGAGGGAGGGAAAGAAAAGAGGCCCAUCGCUGGAGAAAGAGCAACAAGAGCGGGAAAGUGGGAAAACAAGAGUAAGACAGAAAAACCAAGCAGGAGGAAGGAAGGGGGGGUGAGACAGGCAGAAAAAAAAGUUGUUGAGGGGAAGUUGCAAGAGAGAAACGGUGUGUGCAAGAGAGCAAUAAAGGGGGGCAGACGCUAGGCAAGAAGCUGCGUAGAUGAGAAAAACAGCCUCCGUGGAUGGCCUGGGUGGAGAGAGAACCAGGAGGAAACCAGUUGCUUUUUAAGUCCUUCCUCCGGCCGCCUUUAACACUGGCAUGCACUCGGACAACGCGGUAUCGAGACAGCGUGCGUUCAAAACACCCUCCUGCCACCUUUGCCUUCAGCGUGGAAGCGUACGGCCUCAGAACGACCCAUAUGGCAUAGCUCACCGGACAGCCGUGCUCCCAUUCCCUAAGGACUUGGGGAUAGCCGACUACAGACCGGAAAGGACGGGGUCAUCGCCACGGCAGGUACAUGCAGAGGAAACUCACCGUCCGUUCUACUCCUGGGGGGAUGUGAGGCCAGUCAGGUGGGAUACGUAUUUGGACUCUCCGCACGCCCCUUGCACAUGUGUGAGGGAGAUACGCAGAGACUGCGGGUGCAUCCAGCGGUGGUAUUACCCAGAACACUCCUUCAACGGAUGCCGUGUAAAUCCACACCCGAAGGUCAGAGGUCAGCUGUACUACAGGGAGGUUUCAUACGUCUCAGAGCAGCACUACAGGGGUUCCGAACAAGGAGAUCUACAGGACGAUAAUAGUGCGCCUUCCUAUAACGGACACUGCCAAAGGAGACAAGCAUAUUUCCAGAAUCAUCAGGAGCGACACGGGUUCAACGGUCCUGACACGAGCAGACAAUCUGGUCUGAAUUCACACUGUAAUGGGACGGACUCUGGACAGGGCGCUUUCUUUCCCACCGAGGUUCCCCCGGGCAAGCUGGGCCGCUCGAGGGUGGCGAAGGCAAAUGAACCGGCGCAGGACAUAAGGAGAUCUCAGGGGAGCGAAAGCAACCGGAGGAAGAGCCACGGAACAGUACGGGAACAGAUCAAACAUGUGGUCAACGAGCUCGAGGAAGUACUGGGUGGUCUCAAACAGGUCCAGUUGGAGAUGAAAGAGGUUGUUCAAAAGAUUGAUGUUCUGACGUCUGACAUUGACCUCGGUGAAGAUGUAUCAAGUCCACCCACCAGCUUCAUCCAAGAUGGACGUCACCGGAGCAGUCCGACUGCUGCUGUAGCUUCCAGAGAUCAGGAAUCAUCACCAGAGACUUCUGAUUCCUCCAUCACACAUGGCUCCAUUUCUGUGGAUUUGUUUCUUAUGAACAAUCCUUCAGUGAUGAGAAACCACACAAGCUUAUAUCCUCCUCAUCAGCAGGCCGUCACAGCUGAGAAUAACUUUCACGCAUUCACGCAACAGACCUCAGAGUCUCACCGGACGGGGAGAGAACUCAAUGGAACCUGUCUGCCGCACCGGACCCCCAUAAUCAGAGUUAACGAAGAACUAGAGAAUCAUGAAUGCAUAAAGAGUAAGAGCCACCGGCCUCCACCCUAUCCUCAGAAUGGCCAGGUGAAAACACGGACAGCCCCCAUCUCUGAAAAACAUAAGACCCUCUCCUCUAGUAUAGUGUAGAGAAUCUCUCUUAUCACCAUAACGACACAACUAAACACACACAAACACACAGGUAAACGGACAAAUGUAACAUUCACGCUUUGAUGAAGGCCAACAUGUGUAUUAAUUUACAAAGGAACUUCUCCCAAACGCUCAGUGAUGAAACUCAGGGGACCGAUGCCAUAAAACUCAUCUGAGGACGGCAAAGCUCCAAACCAAAGCAUGACGACUUCUUUUUCAAGUGGAAAACUUCAGAAUCCUCUGCAGCGUUUCAAUGUCAGAUGUGGGUGUUCUGAUAUCAUAUCUCUGAUAUCCAACAACAGACAUCAUUGACGUAAUUUAAUACAACAGUACACACCCAUCUUCUGUUUAAAUUAAUGUGUAUGUGCUCUUCUCGUCUUUCUUGAAUCCUGAAAGACAAUGGUCGUGUUGCUAUUCUUUGUACGUGACCAGUGAUCAACAGAACGCCUGAAUGGUUGGGAUUCUGAAAUAGGAAAUUAUUUUUUUACUUUCAAUUUUAAACGUGUCUUCACCACCAAGUGUUGUCAUUCCCUGACCAUUAAACCAGUUAGCAAUGAUGGAUUUAAACUGGUCAUCAGCUGAACUAGUUUAGUUUUAACUAAUCAAGGGUGAUUUUUCUCAGCAGGGCCUCUCUCUCUAUCUUUCGACCCUUGCAAAAAUAUGUACGAUCUCAGUUUAGUAAGUAUAAGUAAGUUCACAAAGUUGAUACUAAUAUCAAUGUCAAAUAGGCUAAUUAUAAGCAUAUAUUUGUAAACAUUUGGGUUGUGCGCUCAUCUUGGUUGCAGAAAAAACCCUGACGAGAUAGCCUAGACUAGAGAAUUACAUGGAUACGGCGUACAAAAUAGUUCGAAAGAUAAUAGAAAACCUUAAUUGAAAUAAGAUAAAGACAGAUCCGGAUGAUUUCGUCAGUCCUUCAUGUUCGUUUAAUGACUUGUUCGUUUGAAAUGGCAUAUUCAACCACUGUAUUCCAAAGGAAAUAAUACCAUAACUUUUGCAAUUCCUAUUCUGACGUUCAACAAUUGUCUGAAUUGUCUCCUCCGUUUCACUCAUUGCUGCUUUGUUUCCACUAUUUUUUGCAGCUGGCAGUGACGUAACCCAGAUGUAGAUUCCAAAUUGGUCUGUCGGUACACGAUCCGGGAUGCCUGCACGAUCCAUCCGCGCAUGCGCAUAAUGACGUAGUAGAAAACGCGCAUGCACAAUUGGUAAUUCUGUUUUGCGACAAGUUACAUUUACAUUUAUGCAAAGCAACUUACAUUGCAGUAACCUAUACAUUUAUACUUAGGCAUAUGCAAUCCCCUGGGAUCGAACCCACAACCUGCAAUGCUCUUACCCCUGAGCUACAGGAAAGCUUUACUACACUGCAUAAUCUGUUCCACGCAGAAAAGCAAAGAGAAGUUUGCCCUUUAAUAAAGGUUCAAAUUGCCACCUCUACAUGUCAAGUGAACCAAUUAAUUGAAAAAAAUCUUAGUAUGAAUAAUCAUCACAGUUAAGAAUAGCUAUAAAAUUAAAAUUAAACUCAACAAUGAUUUCGUAACACAAUAGAAAAGUAGAAAACAUUUUUAAUCAUUUAUUUUGUGAUAUUAUGAUAAAUAUCUCAGCUGGGUAUUUUGGACACAUUCAGCUUUAUUUCUCCCCUUGACUCAAAUUAAAUCAAUGCCAAUUAUUAUUUAGAUAGAUUUAUUAGUCUAUAUAUGUAUCCGGAACGCUCCGCAUCGCUCUAAGCAGGCCUCGAACCGGAUCGGUCUAGAGCGUCCUUGAGGCCGGGGAGUUAGGUUUAAUACUGCACAGCACUUCUCUAGCUUGCCUCCGUUACAUAUAGAUCCCUACGAAUACAAAAUCACUCAAUUUAAAGUUGACUAAUAUUAGCAGCUUUUAAUAAAAAAAUGACACAACCCGUCUUUGACAAUACUGAAAAAAACAUCAAAAUAGACCCGCCGUGAACUGUUAAAUGAAAAACACAAUGUAGCCUACAAAAAUAGGCCCCCAGUUGUGCCGCCUUAUUGCCGCAAAGUGUUUCAUCGCAUGCCAAUAGUGUAGGGAAACGGAUCUUGAAGUCAUCCCGGAUCGUGUGCCGACAUGGUCUAUAGAGGGUAUGCAUUGACGUCACUUCCCACGUUAACACGCCAGGACACGUUGCCUUAAGUGGUAAAACGCGCAGCAAACGGCUGAGGAGAAUGGGAGAAACCGGGACUAAAACACGCAAUUAUUUGCUGAAAUAACAAGCAGCUGGACUAGACUGUGAUCCUUACGUCCUCUCUACGACUUACAAAGGAAUCAGGUGCUCCUGAACACAGAAAUGUUGCGCGAAAUUGCGUUUCCUUAUAUUGUAAGCAGUCAUUUUGUGGAGUGUUUUGCCACCCAGGAGAGCACGCUCCGGGUUGCUCACGUGGUUAAGUGACGACACGUCCAUACCCUCUAUUGGAAGCCAAAGAGAUUACGUGUAUUUGUAUGCCAACCCUGAAGUUAGCGGCGCAACGGUUCCCUCGAUCUAAACCCUAAGCUUUUUCCCAUAAGACUUUUUGAAAAUCGCAAAAAAUAAGCUCUAUGUUUUACAAAGGGUUAUGACACUUACACGUUUUGUCUAUCAAGAUAAUUUUUACAAGUUGACAACACAUAUGUUACUUUUGAAGUCGAAAUACAAUCGGCAUAAGUAAACAGCUAACACAAUGCUAUCAACAGACUUCACUGGAGGUCGCUAUAAAUCAACGUCACCACCACAAAGCCUCCAACAUUUUUUUCAAAUUUGAUUAAAAACGGGUUCCCUGGUGAGAAAUUACUCCGUGAAUUAAUCUGUUUAUACGUUUUAAGAGAUUUGUGCCCAUGUUGCAUUAUUUGUGAGCUUUAUAUCCGUGACGUCUACUGUCCCGUCCAAAGGAAUUUGUCCCUUUUAGCAAGUUGUUUGCAACCGCCGUUUUUAAGACACAGUAAGGCUUUGAAAUAAUCACAAGCGGGUUAUAAUUGGUGUGUUUUAUGUCAUAGAAUAAAAUAUGAAUAUAUUUAGAGGUCUUGUUAACCACAGACCUUAUUUCGGGCGAUUUACGAAAAACCCAUUAAAAAACCCCAUAGACUUUGGAGAGAAGGAACCGGAAGUCCUAAAAUGCUAACUAACUUCCAGGUUUUGCAUACAAAGAUACAUCAUCUCCGAGCCUCCCUAUAUCUAUUUCAAAACUACUUAGGACUUAAGUGGCCUACUUUUUUGUUUUUAAAAGUAUACUUGUGUUACAGUAGGUUUAAGUAGCCUACACAAACAACUGUGUUUUUGUUUGUACUGCGACUAUACUACAAGUGAACUUAUAAGUAUUCUCAUAGUUUGCUAUUUUAGCACAUUUUUAGUCCAUGAAAGAACACUUUGAAGUAGUCUCAAUGAACAAGUGUUUUUUACUGUAGGUACUUGUAAGUUUUCUUCAAAUAAAAUAAACAUUAUACUUAUA